CUACUUUCUUCCUCUGUAAAGCACCAUUAUUUUCCUUUCUACCCUGUGUUUUCCUUUGGUGGGGUUACCUUAAAACAUUUCAUGGAAAUUUCGAUAUUUCUAAUGUAAACGGGAUUAAGGGUUUCUACACAGCAUCUAAGAUUUCGAUUGUUAAUUUGCUUCCCUUUUUCUAUCGAAACACUCGUCUCUUUAAACCCACAAGUCCCUUUAAAAGUAUGCCUUUGAGUCCCAACUUUUAACGUUUUUGUUGGGUCUUUUUGUCAGAUUUUCGUGUAUCAGAGCGUGAAUUUGAUUCUUUCUGUGUUUGAAGCUUCUCUUUGACGGUUUACCAUCUUUUAAUCUCAGUCACUCACUCACUCGUGUCUUCUCCCAAAGCAAUCUUCCUUUAUUUUCACGUUCAUCUCUUCAAUCGAUUCACUUUUUUUCAAUGCUUAUUGUAGGAAAAGUGUGCUGAAACCACUGACUGUGAGUGAACAUUUCGAAUUCAUAAUAAUGGAUCAAAGUAUGUUAUGGCCGGUGAAAUACACCGAGCACUCUGAACUUAUUCAAAAACUCGUUAAAUCCUCAAAUCAGAAGCCCGGGAAACCCUCAAAAUCCCAACAAAAACAGAGUUUGAAUUUUCCCAGAACCGUUAGGAUUUCAGUGACUGAUCCCGACGCAACUGAUUCAUCCAGUGACGAUGAGGACGAGCUUUUUCGGGGGCAACGAGUGAAGAAGUACAUCAACGAAAUCAGAAUCGAAGCAGCUGUUAAAACCAAUAAUGUCAAUGCCAUCAAUGUAAAUGAAAGGUGUAAGAAGAGGAAUGGAGGGGUUCUACAGGCCAAGCCGAAGGCAAUGAAGGUGAAAGAGGUGGCGCAGCCGGCUGCAAAUGGAGUUAGGAAGUUCCGGGGUGUUCGGCAACGGCCGUGGGGCAAAUGGGCAGCAGAGAUAAGAGACCCCUGCCGGAAAGUCAGGCUUUGGUUGGGUACUUACGACACCGCGGAAGAGGCUGCUAUGGUUUAUGACAACGCCGCUAUAAAACUCCGGGGGCCAGAUGCUUUAACCAACUUCGUAACUCCUCCGCCCAAGGAUAAGCCGGAGACGAAUGAUACUUCAGUUUCUGGCUAUGAGUCGGGCGUUGAAUCCAGAAAUCUUUCAUCUCCGACAUCUGUUCUCCGGUACAGGACUAGCCAGUCGAGUGAAAAUGACACCGAUCAACAGUCAGUGUCCGAACCGGUUCAGGAAGUGGGCAAAGAUGUCGAACCGAGUGCCUCAGUCGGCAGACCUGAUCAGAACCAAAGAGUUAAUGGAACCGGUUCAACUUAUGGUCCGAUUCAGGAGGUCCAAGAGUAUCAAGGGGAGACAAGCAUGGUACCCGACUAUACCAAGGACUAUUUACCGAUGGAUAUUCCAUUCCUAGACGAUUUCUUUAAUUUCCAACCUCAAGAACAAACGUUAUUCAACGAUACUCAAGAUUUGGCUAAGGAUUUUAGCAUGUCGAUUGAUGAAAUUCCAGGAUUCAUGGACUUUUCACAAGGAUCAGACUUUGUAGAUUUCAAUUCUAAUCAUUCACUUCAAGAUCUCAGUUCAAUUGAAGUCGAUGAUUAUUUUGUCGACAUGGGUGAUUUUGCAAGUGUAGACGCACUUCUAGAAAUAUGAUACAACAAAAAUCAAUUGUUAAACAUUGUCGGUUUGCCAAUCUUGACGGCAAAUUUUGUUCACCGGCUCGGCUAGUUUGUCCGUUAAAUAUUUUCAGUAUAUUUAGCGUCUAAGUAUUUAUUUGUUGUGGUAUCUUCAUUCCAUUAAAGUAAAUGGAAUUUUAGCAAA